GCCUCCCUCUUUGCCUCCCGCCAGCCGGGGCUGGGGCUUUGCACCCGGCGGCUGCUGAGCACCUUGGCGAUUGCAGAGCCGGGAACGCACGCAAGUCGGAGGGGAGCUGCCCAGUCCAGUGGCUGGCGAUGCCCCCGUGAGCCUCCCUCACCGCCCCUCCCCGCCCCGCGUCCCUAACCCCUCCGAGUCCGUGCCGCCCGCCCGGCCGCGCCUACCGCUGGGUCCGCGGGGCGGGGUCCUAGGGCAGCACCUGCCCCGCCUUGGGGAGCCGCCUCGGCCUGCGGAGCCCCCUCCGGAUCUGGACGCCGGCCCCACCUCCCGAUCUUUUUAUCACAUCACCUCCUCCUGAGAGUCUGUCCUGAUUGCCUUCACCUCCUUUCUGGAGACUGCUGUCUCAGCAGAAGUUCAGUGAAGCCUUGUGCAAAUGCCCUAGGGUGUGUGCUGCUGGAAGGGGCACAGCCCCUGUGAUGCAGAACUCUACAGUCAGAUUCAUCAAUUUGAGUUGCCUGAGGCCCUGCAGCCCCAGGGACCAUGUUUAACGGGGAGCCCAGUCCAGCCUCGGCUGGGGCCUCCAGGAACGUGGUUCGGAGCUCCAGCAUCAGCGGUGAAAUCUGCGGAUCCCAGCAAACUGGGGGUGGGACCGGGACCACCACUGCCAAGAAGCGACGUAGCAGCCUGGGCGCCAAGAUGGUGGCCAUCGUGGGCCUGACCCAGUGGAGCAAGAGCACACUCCAGCUCCCUCAACCUGAAGGGGCCACCAAGAAGCUGCGGAGUAACAUCCGAAGGAGCACGGAGACAGGCAUUGCAGUGGAGAUGCGGAGUCGAGUCACGCGCCAGGGCAGCCGAGAAUCCACGGAUGGGAGCACAAACAGCAACAGCUCCGAUGGCACGUUCAUCUUCCCCACCACCCGGCUCGGAGCUGAGAGCCAGUUCAGUGAUUUCCUGGACGGGCUGGGACCAGCCCAGAUUGUGGGGCGACAGACACUGGCAACACCCCCCAUGGGAGAUGUGCACAUUGCCAUCAUGGACCGGGGUGGCCAGCUGGAGGUGGAAGUGAUUGAAGCUCGGGGCCUGACCCCCAAACCAGGCUCCAAAUCCCUCCCAGCCACAUACAUCAAGGCUUAUCUGCUGGAGAAUGGCUGCUGCUUGGCGAAGAAGAAGACAAAGGUGGCCAAGAAGACCUGUGACCCUCUGUACCAGCAGGCUCUGCUCUUUGAAGAGGGGCCUCAGGGGAAGGUGCUGCAGGUGAUCGUCUGGGGAGACUAUGGUCGCAUGGAUCACAAGUGCUUCAUGGGCAUGGCCCAGAUCAUGCUGGACGAGCUGGACCUGAGCGCCGUGGUCACCGGGUGGUACAAACUCUUCCCCACCUCCUCUGUGGCAGACUCCACGCUCGGAUCCCUCACCAGGCGCCUAUCCCAGUCCUCCCUGGAGAGUGCCACCAGCCCCUCAUGCUCCUAAGGACCUCACUCAGGACCAGAGGCUGGGUGGUGGCGUGGUCAGGGGGCCUAUUGGUCCCCACCUUCCCCCUGUACAUAGUCUCCGCGUCUUUCUGGACCCUUCACCCUGCUGCAUGUCUGUUGGCUACUGGGCUUGUCCCAGCUGGCAGUGGAGACUGUAGUUUCUCUGUGUGUGUGUGUGUGUGUGUGUGUGUGUGUGUGUGUGUGUGUGUAUGUGUGUCCCCACAUUAUAUCUGUUUGUUUCUCUGGGUACAGUCAGUCCUGGUGACCACAUGUCUCUCUGGAUCACACUGAAAAGAGGAGUGUUGUGUGGACACAACUCACUCCAAGGAGUCUCCAGGGGUGGAAGUGGGAGAUGGGGCCGCUGGUUGGUUGAUCCUUCCUGGUCCCCUGCCUGGGGCAGAGCCUGUGUGUUCCCCACCUGUGCCUCUUGGUGGUCUCAGCUUGGUUUUCUGUCUUGUCUUUUGUAUCACCCUUUGCCUCUCCCAGCAUUGCUGCUCUUUUUGAGGAAUGUAGCAUCCACUGCAGCUGGCCACAACUAUGCCCCUCUGGGAGCCCCCACACCCCCAUUCCAGCUGCCCCAGCAGCUCUCCCCACUGAACACAUCUUGCAGCAUGUAGCAGUCAUCUAGCACCCUGGCCAGGGACCAAGGGGAGGCUGAGGAUGCCCGGGAGCAGAGGCCUUUGAGAUGGCUUUAUCUCUGGGCUAGACACACCUCCUUCCUACAGGCAAGCACACGAGGAGGUCUUAGUUCCCACGGGUACAGGCCAGAUAGCCCAGCAUGAAGGCCAGGUGCUCCCUUGUCUUUGUCACCUCCUUUCUCCCUUCUAGCCUCCUCUGCUCUGACAUGCCAAAGGAGCUCUCCUGGUGGGCCCAGGAGAUCUAUGGAGAUGUCGCCUGGCAAACCAGACAGCCUUCGCCAGGCCCUGAGAGUGGCCCGUCCCUCUCUGGGCUCCUCCUUAGGGGCAUAUGGCUUGGUAAGAGGUGCUGAGGGUAGGGCUGUUUGCUAGAAUAAGGAGGGCUGAGGCUGACUGUUGAAAAUCCUGUCUGACUUUGGGAAUUAGCUGCAUGAAGCUGUUCACUGGGGGCUCAUUUCUAGACCAGAGUCCCUGUCUGGAGUUCAGAUACACUUGGGCUUCAGCCUCCUGGCUCCGUGGGCAGCCUGGCUCUGGACUCUGGUCUGCCACAGUCACCAGCUCUGUUUAAGCAAUACUUUCCCCUCUGAGCUUCCCUGCCUUCUCAUGUGCUCCCACUGCCCUCUGGGAAGUGGCCUACUCUGGGCACUCCACCUGCCUCUGCUUAUUUCCUGUCCUUGUCUCAGGCUUCUCCCAGCCACGUGGACCCUGAGUUGACUGCUAGGCCCUGCUGUGAGAAUUAAUGCCUGGACUGGACCCUGGGAGAUGUCUGCUGGGAACCCUGAUGUCUGGCUCAGGAAUGCCACAUCUGUCCUUCUCCCUCCUCAGCUCUAGGGUGAAGGGUAAGAGGCUGCCCAGGAGAUGGACAGAGUUGCCCUGGGUUCAUGGCUGGUCGGGAGGAAGUAGGUAGCUGGCAGGGCCAGGGUAUGGGAAAGGCUGUCUUUCUGCCUCCUCCUCAGCCACUGCCCCCAAGUGCUGGUAUACCUUUUGCCCAUGCACUUGGGCCAGAGAGAGCUACUGAGGUUGCAGUGGAGGGGAUUCAGGCCUGAGUGCUGAGAUUUCACUCAUACUGAAGCUAGAGGAGGAACGGCCAUCUCAGUUCAAAGGGCUUCCUUGUCUGGCAAGGACCCUCCCUGGGUGGAAGCCAGAGUCCUGUGACCUCUCUCGCAAGGGAAUGAGGGGAAGAAGCCAGGACCCAUUGGUCCUACCAUGACAAAAGUGGGUAAGGGCAGGAGGGAAAUGCACAGCAGUUCCUGUCUCCAGGCUGAGCCUGCAAUCUUGCAUUUUCAGAGAAGAGAGCCACUGUAUUCACGGAGGAGGGUGAGGAGGUGGCCAGCCAGUUUCCUCUUUGGGCAAAAGUGCUCUCCCCACUCCUGCUAGAAAAUGUAUAUGUUUCCCAUGGUUCUAAAAAUGGGCAAAGGGAUCUGAACUCUUUAACGUAGUGGGGGAAAUACAGUACAGGGAGGAAACUCACUUGUAAAAGGGUGUUUUUCUCUCUUCUUUGUGGUGUGCUUACCUCUAUGGCAGUUGCCUUCUGGAUGGACUGAAAAUACACCUUCUGGAGUGGGGGGAGUAUUAGUGAUCCACAGAUAGCAUAGACUUGCUCAUGUGGCACUGAGUCACCCUCAGGAAAUGGGGCUGUCAGCACCCGCAUGCCCCAAGGUUCCAGGGAGGCCCUGGGAGAAGGUGGGAGCUGCUAGCAGGAAGGCUGCCCUGUGUAGACUUGGGCCAUCAUGCCCUUAUGCCUGGGGUCAGCACAGGGAAAGUUCUAGUCAGGGGAGGGGCCUGAUGUGCUGGAAACUCAGGCUGACCUGCCUCCAGUCCUCAGCUGCGGAAACUGCCUGGGAGUCGGGCCACUUGGUUGUUCCACCUUUUUUUUUUGGUUCUGGGGAUCGAACUCGGGACCUUGGGCUUGAGAGGCAGGUGGUGGAACCACUGAGAUAAAUCUCAGGCCCAGUUGUUCCACCUCUUAAUGGGAGGUAAUUCCCUGCAAAUUGGCUUUGGGGAAUUAUUCUUUUUAACCCUUUGCACUAAAUAAGUUAUUAGUGUAGAUUCCCUUCCCCACAAGGGUAAGGUUGUGUGAGGUUGCCCUGUGUGUAUGAUAGAGUGUGGCUGGAUUUAAGGGUCUGUUUCUCGGAAUCCUGGGUGCAAGGCUUGCUGAGAAGCCACUCUGGAGCUGUCCCAGAAGAAAGGUGUGCACAAGUUGACUCUGACCUCCUCUGGACCGGGAGGGGGUGCUGGGAAGGAAGGAACAUGAUCCUCCGGAGUCUCCUUACCGUGGGGCUAAGUCAGAUGCCCCUUACCCCAGAUGAAAGCUAGUGAUGGUACCAGCACAGGGCUCUUUGUCAUGCUGUCUCCUCCGGGCAGGCAGGAUCCAUUGGUGAUGUGGGAGAGGCAGAAGUGGCCUACAGUGAUGCUGGACUGUGGGUAGGCACAGUGAUGGAUGAUUCAGAGCAUCUGUCUUCACAUUUCUGCUCAGCUCAGUCUGUCCCACUUUCUUCAUAGACUCCGUCCCUGCAGGGAAGUCUGCGAUGAGCCCUUAGUAUGAAGCAGGCUCCAGAAAAUGGGUCAAGCCUUGGUUUGACAAGGGGGAUUUGAACCAUCUUUGAAAGUACUCCCCAUCCAGUCUCUCUGCCACCCAGUUCUACUAGGAAAGGAGCACUUGAGAGGCUCUUGGGAUCCUGCAGGUCCCCUGCGAUGCCAGCAUUUCAUGGGGCUGAGACCGAAUGGAGGAGAGCUCCAGAGAGAGGGCCCCACACUGCUGCUCACUCUUGGAACCACUGCCAGCCGGAACACUGAGGUCAAGCCAGCUCUCCCAGAGGCUUGACUCCCACCAGGGAAAUACGAGGGGACUCUCCUUUACUGCCAGCCUCGAGGAGAGCAAAAGCCUCUAUUUUUUAAAGACAAUAGAGCCUCAAGGACGCUUCUUUGGAAAUGAAAUGUAGCACAAGCCUAGACUGCAUUAAGGAGCUCUGACGUGCAUCCUAGGGCCCUGCUCCAAGCCCUGCUGCCCAGAGGGUGCCGAGCUCCUCUUCCCCUGGGGCUCUAGAGCUCCUGAUACCUCACAUUCCCCAUCACCCUUGACCCAGAAAGCAGCAGGGCCUUAGUAAGGCUGCUCUUCUGUGUUUCUCUGAUUGCUUCCAGCACUGUGCAAACUCUGGGCAAGAAACUGCUGCCUUUGCCUGAUGUUGUAGAUGAGUUGCUCUCCACCUGUGAGGGGAAAGGUGGCAUUUUGUCCAGAGCCAGAAGGUUGUCUGGCAGUAUUUCUGCGGUGGCUGCCAGGAGGUGGAAAAGAGGCCUGCUUCCCUGCCUCCUCCUACCUUUCUCUUCCUCCUCACAGUUGUCUUCUCCAAUGUCCUGACAUACACAGAGGUUCUUUAAAAUGCUGCUCCCUCUACUGGAUUGUCUUUCACUGGAUGAUCAGGGAAGAGAUGAAAAUGUAGACUCAUCCCUGCCUUCUCCCUCCAGUCUGCUUCUCAUCCACAUCAGAGGAGACUGGGACAAAGCAAAAACAAUCAUGUUGGAAGAGCAGGGGAACCCCAUACAAUCAGAAGCAGCCUGAUAGUGGUGGGGCUGGCCUGGUCUGCCUCGGAAAGGGUUAUUUUGAAAGAGUGCCUGAGCAUCUCAGAGCAAUGUCAGUGAUGCCAAAGAGAGCAACUUGGCCUCCUUGGGCACCAACUCUGCUGGUGGAGCUGCACAAAUGCAGCUCAGAUGUUGGAAAGCCCAAGGGUGGGACCUUGUUCUCUGACAAAGGGCUUAAUCUUUCCAUGUAGCAAAGCAACUUCCCCCACCCCCAACCCAAGCUUGGGCUUCUGCAGGCCCAGCAUGGCUGUGCCUGUGCAGGAAGCCACAUGAGUGAAAGAAACUUGCAUUCUCUCCCAGGGGCCUAGACUGGCUUGGAAAGGUGCUCUUUGAGAAGCAUGAGUGCUAAAUGCUUUGGAGAAACUUUCCAGGGCUGUGGCUGGAAACCUGGCCAGUAAGGAUAGGGCCUUGGGCCUCCCAAGGAGUUCACACUGAUGCUGGGAAGGGUCCCUUGGACUGGAUUCCAGACCACUUGGAUAACAGAAAAGGGGCCUGGGAAUUCCAGGGGCAACUGAGCAUCUGCCCCCUUAGCCAAUGACCUGGACAAGGAUGGCUGCUCUAUACCAUUUUGCCAGAAACUGUGAUCUUGUACAAGACUCCUCUCUUUUCUGGGCCUCAGCUUCCUCAUCUGCAAAAUCAGAGCAUUAGCUAGUUGCUCCAUGGUUGCCUCCAGGUUUUUGAAGUCUGAUCUGGAGCUGCUGAGAGGUAUGAGCUGGGUGCACCUGGCACACGGUUCCCCAGGCUGGUUUCAUCCAGCCCCUGGUGCCCAAGCAAGGUGAAGGUCCUUAUCUGACCCACACCCAGAUGCUGCCUCUAACAACUCUGGGAACCCUAACAGACUCUGCUUUCACCUCUUCAUCGUUUUCUCUCCAUUUUACUCUUGCAUCAUGAUGAGAAAUAAUUAAAGGUUGUCUACAAAGGACACUUUUCAAGGUGCUGAUGUGAUGUCACAACCUCAGCUGCAUCCUGAGUAGGGUCUGUGUCCCCACCAGGAGAUGAGGCUGGGUUGUCCCUUGUUUCCGCUUCUACAUGACAACAAUGGGAAGAGUUGGAAGAUCUGAGAAUUUUAAAGGAAAUGCUCUCAGUGGGAGGAGAGAGGGAACUGAUUUCCCUUCCAAGUAUUUUGCUUUUUAAAACCACUCCUCCUUCCAGAAUGUCUUUAACCAGACAUCAUCUCAGAAAGCAGUGGCUGCUUCCUUAGAGAAAGCAGGGCUGAGAGUUCUGUCAACUCCUUUAGUAUGUAAACUCACAGAAAGCAGGAACCCCUUUUUUUAGAAUUUCCAAAUGCAUCUUGCAAAAAGAGAGAUAGCAGUUAGGGACUGACAAGCACACUGUUUAGAUAAGAAGCAAUUAGCCUUUUUUAUCUGUGCUCUCUGCAUUUUCUAUGUGCAGCAUCUUUCCAAACUGUGGUUCCUGGGUGGCAGGUGGACAGCUGGGAGGGACUGCCGGCUGUUUUAUACAAUGUUCUUGCCAAUUCCCUUAAGGAGAAUAUUCUUCACAUGGCUUCUGCAUGUACAGUAUUUGGGCAGCAAAAAAAAAAACAAAAAACGAUUAAAGUCCAUUUGAAAUUG